UAAUAUUCUGAUUGCAUACAUAGUUUCCAUGACAUCAACAAUGCUUUGUAUGCCUUAUCGAGGACAUUAUUCGCACAUUCGAUUGUGAUUGACCGAUGUACAUGUGGUAAUUCGCUCAUUUGGCGGCGCAGUGUUGCAUACUGGUAUUUAUUUGCUGGUUGUGUUUGAUACAUCUUUUACUCUUGGAAGCACAGGAUUAUAUACUUGAUUCUUUAUUUGUGAGUCCCGUUACAUACGGCAAACAACUGUCUGCCUUCAAAGACAGUAACACUGACUUAUUUAUGGCUGAACAAGCUAUUAAUGGGGACAUUGACGAGGGUGUGGAACUGGAACAAUCUGAUGGACAUGGGUCGUCUUCACCUAAACAAGACAGGAAAAAGGUCAAAAAGGGCAAGCCAAAGAAGAAGACCGAUGACAGGGUCAAAUUUGACUGGCCCAAAAGGAACUACUUUGAAAUUACAUGUGAAAUCCCCACCAUGGGUAUGAAAAAUUUAAUUCAUCGUUUUGUGUAUAUUGCCAAACUGAAACAAGGCGUGGAAGACAGAGCAGAGAUUGGAAAUCAUUAUGAAAGAUUUUUCAAAAAUCUCCAGAAUGUUCACCAGUCAUCAGAGGUAGUGACAGGACUUCUGCUUGUUUACCUCAAACACGUAGUACACAUUGUUGAGACGUCGACAGAUCUGAUUACAGAAACUGUUAGGGACAUACAAGCCAAUAUCAACGAGAGUAGUGGGGUUUUUGAGACUAGUAAAAUACUCAUCAUCUCUCACGAUAUUCCUCAUCGGCUGUAUGGUCAAUGGAGUUUUCGCACAUUGGAUAUACAGGCUGCAAGAAUGGAGAGUUAUGACAGCAACGAAUCGACGGACAAGAUCGUCAUAGAUCUAUUGACACAGCUACUGAAGCUCGGCAAUCAUUUAGCGAAGACCCCGAAGCUGAAUUUGAAGAACCUGAUGGACAGUUUACACGAGAGAGUUCCAGACCUGCUGCCUCAACAAGGUGUGCUACAUUAUCUGUGUGAAGACAAUGACCCCUGCCUAGUCCGGCCACAAGACUACUUGGAUAUGUAUGAUAAGCCGUUUGACGUGGUAUUGGACAGUGAAUUGGUGUGGCCCUUGGCGACUAGGCUGUUCCCUUACAAUUAGUAGCGGUGAGCCAACAGCCAGCUCAUGCGGUGAGCCAACAGCCAGCUCAUGACUGUGAUAUGUAAUGUGUCUCCAUACGAAAAGUGGAAGACAUGCCUGGACAAAUGGAAUUUGAAGAGCGAACGAAAAAGUGAGAGAAUGGGGUGAAAUAGAAAAGAGUGAAAAAAAACUUUUUUUUAUCUACAUGUAAUUGUAACUUACAGAUAGGAAAAUAGAUGUCAUUAGAUUCAUUAAUGAAUCUUAUUCAUGCUAAAUAUUUCAAAUGUGCUGUAUGAAUGUCGUUUCUCUUAUUAAAAAUACAAGUGCAUAUAUCACAA